ACCGGCGCUGUCCGGAAUUUCCAUUUAUUGGGUCUUUUUGCUAGAAGGUCAUUAAUAACGACAAAGCAAUCACUUAUUCUCGUUCACAGAGCAAAAGAAGGUUUGAGAGGGAUUGCAAGGAGGCAGACCGGGCGCAGCAGUACUUCGAGAAAAUGGACGCGGAUAUUAACGUGACAAAAGCAGAUGUCGAAAAAGAUCAGUUUGACAACUUGGAGAAACACACACAAUGGGGCAUCGAAGUGCUGGAAAAAUACAUCAAGUUCGUAAAGGAGCGAACGGAGAUUGAAAUCGGCUAUGCAAAACAGCUCCGGAAUCUUUCCAAAAAGUAUCAAACCAAGAAGAACUCCAAAGAAGAAGAAGAGUCUAAGUACACAUCAUGCAAAGCCUUCCAAACCACCCUAAGCGAAACGAAUGACUACGCUGGGCAGCAUGAGGUCAUUUCCGAGAACAUGACAUCACAGAUAACGGCAGAGUUAACGCGCUUCGUGCAGGAGCUUAAACAGGAGAGAAAAUCGAACUUCCAUGAAGGUCGCAAGGCGCAGCAGCACAUGGAGACAUGCUGGAAGCAGCUGGAAGCGAGCAAAAGAAGGUUUGAGAGGGAUUGCAAGGAGGCAGACCGGGCGCAGCAGUACUUCGAGAAAAUGGACGCGGAUAUUAACGUGACAAAAGCAGAUGUCGAAAAAGCCCGACAGCAAGCCCAGAUACGUCACCAGAUGGCGGACGACAGUAAAGGAGAUUACUCCUCCGUCUUACAGAAGUUUAACAAGGAGCAGCACGAUCACUACUACACGCACAUCCCAAACAUCUUUCAGAAACUGCAAGACAUGGAGGAGCGGAGGAUAGGAAGGCUGGGGGAUUCCCUGAAAACAUACUCAGACAUCGACCGGCAAGUGGUCCCAAUCAUUGGCAAAUGUCUCGACGGAAUAACGAAAGCGGCAGAGUCCAUCAACGUGAAGCAGGACUCCCAGAUGGUCGUAGAAUCCUUUAAAUCUGGGUUUGAACCUCCAGGAGAUAUUGAGUUUGAGGAUUUCACGCAGGCCAUGAAGCGCACGGUUUCGGACACCAGUCUGACUAACGCAAAGACCGAUGGGAAAUCCGACCCAAAGGUCCCGGGUAAAUCCCGUGGCAAACUGUGGCCCUUCAUCAAGAAAAACAAGCUUAUGUCCCUUCUAACGUCCCCUCAUCAGCCCCCUCCUCCACCCCCUGCCUCUGCCUCACCCUGUGCUGUUCCAAAUGGCCCCCAGUCUCCCAAGCAGCCAAAGGAACCCCUCUCCCAUCGCUUCAACGACUUCAUGACCUCCAAACCCAAAAUCCACUGCUUCCGAAGUCUAAAGCGUGGGCUUUCUCUGAAGCUGUGUUUUGGUUUCAACCAGGGCUCAACACCUGAGGACUUCAGCAACCUUCCUCCGGAGCAGAGGCGUAAGAAGCUGCAGCAGAAGGUGGAUGAGCUGAACAAAGAAAUCCAGAAGGAGAUAGAUCAGAGAGAUGCCUUAACAAAAAUGAAGGAUGUGUACACGAAGAAUCCUCAGAUGGGAGAUGCGGCCAGCGUGGGCCAGAAACUGGUGGAACUUGCUAAUAACGUUGAGAAACUGCGUGUCGAGGCACAGAAAUUUGAGGGCUGGCUGGCGGAGGUAGAAGGAAGGCUUCCCGUGAGGAAUGACAGCUCGCGCAGGCAGAGCGGGCUCUAUGAAUCCCAGAACACUCCACCGGUUAAUAACUGUGCACAAGACCGAGAGAGCAGCCCUGAUGGCAGUUACACGGAGGAUCACAGCCAGGAGACCGAAGUGAAGGUGACGCCAACAGAGUUCGACGACGACUUCGAUGACGAGGAGCCGCUUCCUACAAUAGGAACGUGUAAAGCUCUGUACCCUUUCGAUGGUGAAAAUGAAGGAACCAUAUCCGUAGCAGAAGGCGAAAUACUGAACGUCAUAGAAGAGGACAAAGGAGAUGGCUGGACGAGGAUCCGUAGGAACGAGGAUGAGGAAGGAUAUGUUCCAACAUCCUACAUCGAAGUUUAUUUGGACAGAAGUGCCAAAGAUUCCUAAAGGUGUGAUGGUGCAAGGACUUCGGGGCGAGCUUUAAAGAGAAGGAAUAUGUAGACCCCACACACGCAGUCCCCAAAUCGAGGCAGAAAAGAGCACUUAAGUCAGUUGAAUUAAACCAUGUCUCCCAUGCCA